AUGCACUACUAUGUCUGGCAGUUGUUGUGCGUCGCAGGGCUAAUUCUCUACGCCGUUUGGGGUAGCUACUUUGUGAGAAACCCGCUAGAUAACAUUCCUGGCCCCCCCUGUCAGCGUUGGUGGACGGGCAACUUGGAACAGAUAUUUGCGCGGUAUGCAUGGGAUUUCCACAAGAUGCUUGCGGAACGCUACGGUCCAGUAUCGAAGUUCUAUGGGCUUUUUGGGACAAGGGAGCUGUAUGUAUUUGAUCCAAAGGCCAUGUACCAUAUCAUGGUCAAAGAUCAGAACAGUUUUGAAGUGACUCGCACCUUUUUGGCGACAAGCAAGGUCCUUUUUGGAGAUGGCCUGCUGUCGACGUUGGGUGAACACCACCGAAAGCAACGGAAGAUGCUCAACCCUGUGUUUUCCAUCAGCCACGUGCGAGACAUGGUGCCUGCUUUUCUCGAGGUGACGAAAUGCCUCCGAGACGGCAUUGCAGCGCAGGUAGAGCAUGGGCCCUGUGAAAUCAAUAUGUUAGAAUGGCUCGAUCGCACCGCUCUUGAACUUGUGGGGCAGUGCGGACUGGGGCAUUCUUUUGAUUGUAUGAAGGAAGGCUAUGCCAAUCCUUACAGUGCUGCCGUCAAGAACCUCCUGCCAACAUUAUUCAAAUUGUCUGUUGCGAGGAAAUUUCUCCCAUUUCUUAUCAAUGUUGGUUCUCCUAACUUCAGGAGAUUCGUCGUGAAGAAUUUUCCGUGGAAGGCACUGAGGGAGAUCUGUAGUAUUGUCGACGUUAUGGAUGAGAUAACGACGAAGGUCUUUGAAGAAAAGAAACGUGCGCUUUCUAAGGGAGACGGCGCGGUAUUGCACCAGUUCCAAGAAGGAAAAGACAUCAUGAGCAUACUACUCCGAGCCAACAUGGAUGCUUCAGCAGAAGACCGUCUUCCAGAUUCAGAGCUUGUGGCUCAAAUGAGCACACUUGUUUUUGCCGCAACGCAUACGACUUCCGGUGCCCUGUGUCGCACUCUUUUGACUCUUGCUCAUCACCAAGAUGCACAAGACAGACUGGGCGAGGAAAUCCGACAAGCAAUGGCUGAACUUGGCGAGCUUGACUAUGAUGCCCUGGCCAAUUUGCCAUACCUCGACGCAGUAUGCCGAGAGACACUGCGCUUGUAUCCUCCAGUCACCACCGUCACACGCACUGCAGGUGACAAUAUAGUCAUCCCCUUCUCGCGUCCCGUCAAAGGGAAUGAUGGGACAUAUAUGCGCGAGGUCCUUGUGCCCAAGAACACGAAUGUUGUUGUGUCAAUCCUGAACUCUAACCGAGAUCCUGAAAUCUGGGGAGACGACGCGCUCCAGUGGAAACCGGAAAGAUGGCUGUCUCCGCUUCCACAAAGUGUUAUCGAUGCCGAGAUUCCAGGGGUUUACUCCCACUUAAUGACAUUCAUUGGUGGUGGAAGAGCGUGCAUCGGAUUCAAGUUUUCAGAACUCGAGAUGAAAAUCGUCCUUUGCAUGCUCAUCCAGACAUUUAAGUUCACUCCGACGAAAGAGAUCGCUUGGACCUUGCAUGUAUCAUCUCCGAACGUUAAAGGUUCUGAGGAUGCCAAGUGGCAGUUGCCGCUCCGAGUUGAGUUGAGAUGA